AUGGAUCCAAGCUCGGCCUCAGGCUCAUCCUCAUCUCGUGGGCCUGCAAGCUUCUCAACUCAGGCCGACGCUCUCCUCAGAAAGAAUCUCAUCUUUCAGAAACGCAAUACGAAGACCAAUGCCUGCAUAAUCUCAUACCCAUUAGUGCUCUGCAUCAUUAUUGUCAUCAUUCAAGUCAUCGUUAAUAAAGAACUCGAUAAGCCCAAGAAUCGUUGCGGCUGCAAAUGCAUUCCCACUAACAGCAGUGGCCGAUGUGAGGAGGUUUGUGGGAUUCAAUACUCGGAUGCGAUUCAAGCAGAGACAUGUGCGGUUCCGAGCCCACCAAGAUGGCCGGCCCUGAUGCAGGUUCCUCGGCCUGAAUAUCGGGCUGUGAGGUCAGGCUCAGUUUGGGCCCAGGACUUUCCAGAUAGGUCCUGUAGGAUGACGGGAUCAUGCCCGGCGACUUUGCUAUAUACCGGCAAGAACAAAUCUCUUGCAGAAAGUUUGGCUGGGAACUUUCUUCCGGAGAUCUCCUCAUUGAAUUUCUCUGACUAUCUUAAUGCUCUUUCGAACAUCAUUCCAGGAACAGAUGCACCAACAAGUCUAACAGAAUUUAUUGAGAAUGCCUUUGUCUCAGAUAGACCUCUAUAUGUGCUUCAGCCCAGGUGUAGUGGGGAUUCUGUUGUUUCUCUUGAUAUUGAAGUUUCUGGUAUUGACCUUCAGCAAGAUAUGAUAUAUGAUAUGGUGUACAUGGUAUACCUGGAAAAUGAUGUGCAACACAUCCCAAUUGGCAACUUCGAAACUGAGUUUUUGGUUUAUCUUUCUCAUGUUGGCCUUGGCAGCAUCCCAUCUAGCAUAGCUAACCUCACCUCUCUAACUGAACUUUAUCUGUACAAUAACAGCCUUAGUGGCAGCAUCCCAUCUAGCAUAGCUAACCUCACCUCUCUAACUGUACUUUCCUUGUACAAUAACGAACUCACUGGAAGCAUCCCACCGAGCAUAGGUAAUCUCUUUUCCCUUACUUACCUUGCACUUGAUCUUAACCGAUUAUCAGGAAGCAUACCACAUUCAUUGGGCAGGCUUUCUGAACUAAGAGCACUUGAUCUGUUUGGUAACAACCUCUCCGAAGUCGUACCAUCUUCACUGUGGAAUCUUUCUUCUCUUUCUUUUCUAGAUAUGUCAUAUAACUAUCACCUAUCUGGCUCACUUCCACCUAACAUAGGCCAAGCUCUUCCUCUGCUUGAAACAUUUUACCUUCCCUUUAACCAAUUCCACGGACCUAUCCCAAUGUCAUUGUCCAAUGCAUCUCGUCUUCAAAACAUUGAUCUUUCUGGAAAUAGCUUCAGUGGCGUAAUCCCUCCUAGCCUCGGACGUUUACGAGAGCUGCAAUCACUAAUUCUAUAUAGUAACCACUUGGAAACCAUGACACCUGAUGGAUGGAAUUUCCUAACCGCGUUGACCAAUUGUACCCAGUUGGAGUGGUUGACCCUAGCGUCAAAUAAGCUUAGAGGCGUGCUACCAAAUUCAAUCGCCAACCUCUCCACCAAUAUACAGUUUCUAUAUAUGCAGAAUAACUUUAUCUCUGGAACUAUAUCUUCUGAUAUCGGAAACCUCGUAAACCUUAUGGUGCUUCGUAUGAAUGGAAACUCGCUUUAUGGUUCUAUUCCUUCAAGCAUUGGGAUGCUUCAGAAGUUGCAUGAAUUGUAUUUGUACAGAAACAAGCUAUCUGGAGAGAUUCCAUCUACCAUUGGCAACCUUACUCAAUUGAAUGAACUUUAUCUAGAUUCCAAUGAACUAAGCGGAAAUAUACCAGUAAGUCUGGGAAAGUGCCAAAACCUAAUAUAUCUAAAUCUUGGAUCUAACAAACUUACGGGUAAUAUACCCAAAGAAAUAGUCUCCAUUUCUGGACUCUCCAUAUAUUUAAGUUUGGCAUCCAAUGCACUGUCAGGGCCAAUACCAUCUGAAAUCGGGAGCUUAAUAAACGUGAAUAUAUUAGAUUUCAGCAUGAACAAAUUGUCCGGUGAAAUCCCUAUCACUCUCAGUAAGUGUCAAGUGCUGGAGGAACUUUAUAUUGGUGGAAAUCUCUUUCAAGGAAGUAUUCCUUCUUUUUUAGCCUCGUUAAGAGGCAUCCAGAAGCUCGAUUUUUCAAAAAAUAACUUGUCGGGAAAAAUACCUGAUUUCUUACAAGAUUUUCAUGGCCUAGACUAUUUGAAUCUCUCCUUCAAUAACUUUGAAGGUGAAGUGCCACUACUUGGUGUGUUUGCAAAUGCAAGUGCAGUUUCAGUUAUUGGAAAUAGUAAGCUUUGUGGAGGGAAUCCAGGAAUGCAUCUGCCAGCUUGCCCUUCUGAACCCAUUAACAAGAAACAUCACUCGCAUACAGUAAUGGUGAUCUGCGGGAGUACUAUUUUAUUUAUAUUUGUGAUUCUUCUUUUCUGUUUCCUCGUAGUUCGAUGCCGUCGAAAAGGUUCAAGAAGAAAAUCUCUUGACUCAUCACCCACAAUCGAGCAAAAUGUGAAGGUCACUUAUGGUGAUCUAGUGAGAGCCACAGAUGGAUUUUCAGAGGAGAAUAUAAUUGGGACUGGUAGUUUUGGUACAGUAUAUAAAGGACUACUUGAUGGUGAAAGUAGGAAAAUUGUUGCUGUAAAGGUAUUGAACCUUCAAAUACAAGGAGCAUCGAGGACAUUUAUAGCAGAGUGUGAAGCCGUGAAAAACAUCCGACAUCGGAAUCUUCUCAAGAUCCUUACGGUAUGUUCAAGCGUAGAUUUCAAAGGUAAUGACUUCAAAGCUGUAGUUUUUGAGUUCAUAGAAAAUGGAAGUUUAGAUGAUUGGUUGCAUCCCAAAGCAAAUGAGCAGUCCAAACCAAAGAAAUUAGACCUUACGGCAAGGUUAGAUAUAGCUAUUGACGUAGCUUAUGCUUUGCGAUUAUCUCCACCAUCAAUGUGCGCAAACCAAUUGUUUCACUUGAUCUAG